AUGCUCUUCUCUUCAUUUGCAACUCUCCUUAUCGCCUCGACCGUCCUCGCGUCGCCGAUCCCUGCAUGGAAGCGCGAAGUGCCUCAGGAGCACUCGCACGACCCAAUCCUCAUCGCCCUCCGCCCGAUUCUUGCACUUAAUAAUCCCGACAAUAUCCAAGACCCCGUCUUUGGCCUACUUGGAAAUGCCGCAGCUCAGAACGGUGCGGGCAACAUUGCUGAUCCCGACUGCCUCCAACAAGCUACCGCCGACCAAGCCUUUACCAAUGCAAAGGCCAAGGGUGAUAUCGCGGGCAUGACCGUCGCACUUCAAUACCGCGCACUCGAGCGCAACACUGGCUCUGUGGGUCUUGCAUCCGUACAAUGCACCUCUAUCCAAGCCAAGAACCCAGAAAUUGCCGCUAUUCAGCAGCAUCAGGAUCCCGCUUCAGCCAACGCUGCCGCAAUCAACAAGGCCAUUGUCCUCGAACUCGCGAAACAGAUUGCAUCCAUUGGCGGUGACCCACUCAAGGCGCUCGAGACUGGCACUUUCGCUCCUGGUCAGAUUGGCGACCCGACGGGUCGUGGCAACACUUGUAAUGACGAGGAUCCAAAUGGAUGCAUUAACACCAAGAACCUCCUUGUCCUCGACGCCACUGAGGAAGAGAUCGAAGCGGCCGUAGCUGGUGUCUCCGCCGGCGGAUCGGGUGAUGCAGCUGCUACCACGACACAGGAUGAAGCUACUACGACAACACAAGACGCAGCAGCGACGGCAACAGACUGCCCAGACGCCACGGUCACUGUAACGGUCACAGCAGGAGCCGAGGAUGCGGGACAGGCAACAUCGACGGCUGCACCAGAAGCCACCUCGAGUGCCGCCCCAGCUGCCGAUGCAGGCGCGGGUGGAAAUCUCCAAAAGUUUACUGGCAACCUGGGUGGCAUCACUGCCCCGGCUGUUGUUCCCGGUGGACGUGGCUUCCAAGUCGUCGGCAACAACUCUGAUUUCCUCAAUGUUGGUGCCGCCCUUGGUCGUUCGUGCGACGUUCAGCACAACCAGUGCGCCAAUGCUGCCAACAGCAACAGGAACGCUGGGUUCACCUAG